AUGGAAAUACCUGUUAUUGCCGUUUUAUUUCAAGGAGGCACAGAUUGUGCCCGACUGGUCCUCGAUCACCUGAAGCGCCAUCUACCUCUAGUAGUCAUGAAAGGAAGCGGAGGGCUUGCAGACAUUUUAGGAUUUGUUUAUACAGAAGUGUCGCAAAGACCUCAGGGAAUAGCAGAUGCCGAAUUCUGUGAAAAUUAUUUAAAGCCGGAAUUGUCUCGAAAAAUAUCGGAAAAAUUUCCCAAGCUUAGAGAUAACAGUUUGUCAAGAAAUAUUUUUAGAGACAGGAUAAUGGACUGUGUUCGCCACGCCAAGCAAAACGAACAAAUUUAUCUGACUGUUCUAAAUAUAUAUGAACACAGCUGUAAUCUAGAAAACUUGGGAAACCAUCUGUUAAGAGCUUUAUUCAAAUCGCAGGUCAUCGACAACACCAACUGGCACGCUCAGAUGCACAAAGACUUGUAUCUCACUCUGGAUUGGAACAGUCCUCACGUUGCGAUGUCUGAAGUAUUUUUGAAAGAUCCCUCCAACAAGUUCAAGAUAGAGAAGGAUGUUUUCGAAGAGGCAUUGUUGAGACCCCAGAGGGAGAGUUUCGUCGACCUCUUUUUGACUCAAGGAUUCCAAGUCCACAAAUACUUGACACCAAGGAGGCUCAUCUUGCUCUUCAGAAAAGUGAGAUAUCAAGAAUUCUUCCAGACAGUCUGCUGGGAAGGAGCUCUUGGAUACGGGCCGCUCUCGAAUCCGAAUAAGAACUUCAUAGAAUACGAUCUCAACUGGCUGAUCAAGAAAACGACAUCCAUAGAGAACUUCAUCAGCUCUCAAGAGUUAUCGCUGAACGCCAUGGGUAUGUACACAAGCGACCCCACAACAGCCGAACGUAAAGCCAAGGUGCUACUCACAUUUUGGGCUACAUUCACGAACCGAAUCAUUUUGGCAAAAACUCUCUGGAAGCACGCAGAUCAGCCCAUACACUUGGCUCUUGUAUUAUCGAUGAUGAUAGAGAGAUUGUCUUUUUACGUGAACGAAACAUCUCUAAAAGCUGAAGUGGAAGAAUCCAGCAGAGAGUUCGCUGACAUUGCGACUUCGAUGCUGGACGCUUGCUAUGAAGACGAUCCGGAUCGAGCUUUUGAUGUCCUGAACGAAGAAAGUCCAGAAUGGGCCUACAGUACUGCAGUAGACAUCGCAGCCCAAGCACAAAACAAACGCUUCCUUUCCCAUAUUUGCUGCCAGAAGUGGCUGACUAACGAAUUCUUCGGGAAAAUCAAGAUCCGCGACCUCUCUUGGGGAAUUUUCACAGUACCCACCAGCAUCAAGGUUAUUUUGUGUGCUUUCCUCGUAUUUCCGAUGUACGGUUGGACUAUAUUCCAGACUAAAGAAACUCUUUCCAUGCAAGAAGAUAAAGAUAUUGGAGAAUUUGACUCUGAUGAUGAAGGAGACGAGAAAAUUCUCAUUAAAGGAUCUGUUCCUAGUACGCCAAUGGAACUAGAACAAAACUUGAAACUGAACAAAGAAAAACUUCAAUUGUGGAAUACUUCAUCUUUUCGUCGUUAUGUCAUUCAUCACCCUCCUUUAUGGAAGAUGAUUUAUUUGAUGUGGAGUGCCCCUAUCACUAAGUUCUGGAUUUUUCAG